CCGGGCCGGCUGGAGGGGCGGAGCCGGUCCGCUCCCGCUUAAGUCAGGCGGCGGGCGCUGCCGCUCGGCUCGGCCGGGUUGGGCUAUGGAGGUGGCGCGGGACUGCGUGGGCUCGGUGCUGAGAUCUUUGGUGUCCGUGGGAGCAUCUGUGGGAGCAGUAACAAAACAGACCCUGUUCCCUCCUCUCAUGCCUGCAGGGAGACCUUUCCGUGUGUCAAAUGCCUCCAGAAGCAGCCGGAAAGGAAUUGUUGCAAGCAGCCUGCAAGAACUCAUCAGCAAGACUUUGGAAGCCUUCCUUAUAACUGCUGGCAUGGUUACUCUGGUUUUGGAAGAAGAUGGCACAGUUGUGGACUCAGAAGAGUUCUUUCAGUCUCUGGAUGAUAACACACACUUCAUGGUUCUAGAGAAAGGGCAGAAAUGGACACAAACAAGAAAUGGAGUUGUCCCUGCAAGACAAAAGAAGAAAAUGGGAGUAGCUAACAUCACAUUUGAUCUGUACAAGCUGAACCCUAAGGAUUUUAUUGGCUGCUUAAAUGUGAAGGCAACCUUCUAUGAGAUCUACUCAGUGUCAUAUGACAUCAAAUGUAUGGGAGCAAAAAGUAUAUUGCGGAAAGUGCUUCAGAUAAUAUCCCAUAUAGCACAAAUAACUGGACAGUUUCUUCUCUAUACUGGAACAUACAUGUUGCAUUUGAUGGGUGAAUGUGAUGAAGACGGCACCUGUACAAGAUCACAGCACAAGUAGAGACCACAGCAGCACUUCUGAUAUUGGAUCCUUUUGUUUAAGAACGCUCUCUUGCCCAAACUUGAUUGUAAUGUUGUUUUAGUAGGGAGAUAUCCACUAAGGUGAACUAACAUUUUUCCCAUUUGGGAAUGCUUGUAGGCCUUAGUUGUAAAAUAAGUGUUUGGUGUUCACGGGCUCUUAACACAGCAAAAGGAUGGGUGCCUAAUGACUGAGAACCAGGCAAAAGAAGAAGAGAGGGCAAGUUUUUACCCCAGGAACUCAAUGGAAAAUAAGAAUAUUUGGAAACAUGCAUGCUUUGUAACCAGUGGGUCAUUUCCUUCUGCUGAUCAAAACGUGGUUUGUUUUCUUUAUGGCUGUCUACUUGCCUUCUGAACAGACAGGGCUGUGCUUGUUUUUUUAGUUUUGAUCCAUAACACUGCUGGGAUUAGUGUCCAGCUGGCACUGGGAUACAAAAGGCUGAAGUGUCUUAUUUACUACUUCUAAUAAUGGAAAUAUACAAUGCAACUGACUCCUGGUUCAGUGACUGAAUACUCUCAUGAAGUCUAAUUCAACAAAGUGCAACUACUAUGCAGAGGCUUAAAAUUUAGCCUUAUUUCCCUUAAAACAAGUAAACAUUUUGUAUAAUUGCUUGUAUUGUUCUUCAAGUCUAUAGAAAGUUCUGGUUAAUAUAGUUUAUACCAGUUGAAGAACAACAUAUUUCUUUAAUGUGUCUGAUGUCCCAUUCUGCCCUAAAGCAUUGAAUAACUUGCCAUAGUCCGUAUGGCUUACAGAAAACCUCCUGAAGAUUCAUUCAGGGGUUAAACCUCCAAUUCUGUAAUUUUUGCUCUUCAGCUAUGCAUGUAGAUGACAUUUCAAGCUGUACUUGAAAUGUGUAGUAUAAAUCUGUAAGAAAUGUUGGAUUUUGAUGCCCCUGUGUUCGAGGGGAACAGCAGGACACUAUCUACUUGUAAUGUAUACUCAAAAUUGCAUAUAAGCAGUCUUAAUCUCCUAAAACAAACUAUAUUAAAGGACAAAGUUUUUUAACCUCAGAUAUAAUUGUCCAGAAAGCUUUAUACAGUUUAGUGAGCUGUUAGUAUGACUGGUUUUCAGAAAGAAUCUCCUUGCUGUGAAGACAGAUGGGAAAACAAGUAGUGGUAGGCAUUUGUGAUAAAAUACAGACACCGUUGUUGACGGGGAAAAGUUCAACUCCUGUUGUUCAUAGGUGUGGCUUUUGAGGUUUUUAUUUGCUUUCAUCUUAUGAUGAAGUUUCAGUUACAUUCUUGAGACUGAAAGCCAUUAAGGAGAUAACAUGCAGGUAAAUAUCCUACCUGACCGCAAGUGCCACUCAGGACGAGAAACCCUGGUGACAGGGUGAAGAGGGAUGGAAGGGAAAAAGUAGGAAUGAAAGGGACCAGUGUGAGCUCCAGGGUGCUUGCCAUGCUUCUGCUGAGAUGCAAGUCCUUUAACCGCAUGCAUCAUAUGCGCUGAUUAGUUGGAGGAAAAUAUGAUGUGCUAAAAGAGGAACGGAUGGACUGAGAUAACCAAGCAUCAUGUUUGGUGGUAUCCAUUUUGAUCUGUAAGCUGGAGCUGUUCACUUAAAAUGUUACUAAUACAUGGGAAUACUGCUCAUGUUUAUCUGCCAGCUUCACCUUCACAUACUUACUUUUGCCUUCCUUUUAUGGAUCUGAUUUAGCCAGCUGGAGCUGCAUCUUUGAAAUCACUGUUGUGGUGGAAAGCAGCCUAAAAUCAAUCUUAAAAGGACUAACAGACAUAAGUCUGCUGAGUCUCUACCUGUCUCUUCAGUAAUGGUAUUACAAAUGAGUAGACAGCUAAGAAAGAAACUCUGUGGCUUUUUUUUUCCCCUAAUUUGUUGUUUCCCAUCCACUUCUGAAUAUUUGCUGGGGAGGGAGAGGGUGGUGAGGCAUGCAGCUCCAGGCAAGGGGUGGACUGGUUUAUUUUACUCUCUUUUCCCAUGGAAGAAUAUCUGCACCUUGCAGCACUGUUAGGUUUCCUUCAGAAGAAAACAGACUAAACAGCAGGUAAUGAGAAAAAGAUUAUGUUAAAAUGAAGACUAUCUGUAUUGUUCCUUCCCCCACCCCUACCAUGAUUGUUACUGUGGUAACUGUUGGCCAAAGUUUUUCUACCCCCUAUCAAGGAACUGCACUUAGCUUUUGCAGUGCAAGGACUUUGUCAUUAACCAUUAACUCUUUCAGCUUUUAAGGACCAUUUAUUGCAUUAAAAUGAGCCCGCCUCAAAGUAGUCUACAUGUAAUGUAAUGCUUCUAGGAACAUAUACAUUGUUAAUAGUGGAAGCACAAAUGUAAAAAAAAAAAAAGCAAACAAUAUGCUUGCAUAGUUCAAUAUUGCAUUCAUCUGUAUGAACUGCCUUUUCAACUUUCUGUAAUAUGAAAGCUUUGGCAAGUCUGAACUGUGUAGAUCUCAAAUUCCAUCCUUCUACAGCCAGAGGCAGUUGUCACAGAACUAACACUCCGUAGUUUCCUAUGGUAUUAUGGUAGAAAUAUAAGGCUAACUCAGCAUGAAUUUGAAAUGUUUUUAAGCAGCUGCUUCUUUGGCAGCCUAACACUUAAUGCUUGAGUUGCUGAAGGUCACGUGAGCUGCAAAGUCUCCACCCUCAGAGCAUCUCCCUGUGGUUCAAAAUGCAAACAGAUGAAGAAAGUAGCUCGACUUUGAUACCUUCUCAGAAUAGGAGAAAUGUCUCAGGAAGUUCAGAGUUUGUGAAAUUGCUCCUUUGUUUCUGAAUCUGGGUUUUGCCACAGUUUUAGUAUUUAGAAGAUAUUUGCUGCUGUACCAACUACUUUUCAGAGAGAAAGUUUGGGCUUUCAGUCAGAGGAGUUUGUUUUUCUGAGUUGGAGCCAGUUUUAUUUUUUUUUUUUAUAGCCUGCUUGAGAUGUGUAGCUUUUACUUUGGCUGUAUGUGGUAGAUGGCAGAGAACACCACCACCCAGCUUUCAGGAAGCUACAAAAACUAAAAGCAUGGGCUCUUCCCUGCUAAUAUGUAGAAGUGAAACUAGCUUUUCUACUUGAUAUUUCUAGCUUUCACUUUUUUUUCCCCCAUAGCCCAGUUAAUCUGCACUUGUUACUGUUGCAGGCAAGGCUGGUAACACUAAAAUUUCAAAACCAUGAAACAUGUUUUCUCCCUCUUUGCUUGCCCUGACCCUCUUUGCCUGUUCCUUUGCAUCACUUACUAACAAUGCACCAAGUCAUACUCUGUAGUUACCAAAAAAGGAAUUUUCACUGAAGAACUGGAUCUUGUUGACUCAGGCACUGCUCAUGUUCUGCAGGCAAAACAACGUUGCUCUUUUCGUGACUAGAAUGAAGAAUCUGAUAGCUUUUUUGUGUGUGUAUAACUUACUACUUAAUUUCCUUCCUUUCACAGGCUCAUGGAGUUGUUGCUUUCUUACACCUUCCUAUUCCUUCAGGAGAAAUAGGAUUGCAAGUUCUUCUGCCUGGGGGGAGGGCAUAAGGCAGGGUCUAAAUUCCUUAGAGCAUUAGGAAUAUGCUGUAGGAAACACCCCAAAUCCCUUAUCUGUGGGGAAGGGAGGGGUUAAAGAAAGGAAAACAGGACUUUGGGCUGGAAGCUUUUUCAGCACAGAAGAGAGGUAGGCGUUAACUAUUUAGGAAAUGUUGGUAAUUCUGAAUGUGAACAUAUUAUUUAUAACAAACUAGAAUUGUAACUAAAUCAUUUCAGCAUAUUUCUUAUAGAGAUAGAACUUGAACUAAAAGCACAAACUUCUUUAAUUAAAGAUUAAAGCCAAAGUACGAAGGAUUUUGAACUUAAUGCUUCAUUACUGGAGGUAUUAACAUAAUUAACAGUAUACUUCAAUUAUAGUAAUCAUCCUCGUGGAGUUUAACAUUUAUCACUACUUUCUAUACCUUACUUUGCUAUGAGAUAUUUAUUAACAUGAGAAUUGAUGUUUUGCUAAAGGAAAAGAUGAUGUUUUACCAUUUCAAAACUGUAGAACCCGGUAGUUUAACUUGCUACGGAAACUGAGAUGGGUGAGAAUGAUGUGAGUGAUGGCAAUAUUUUCUGAUACAUGGUGCCAAUUUUGAGGAAUGCUUAAAUGUCCACGAAUAAAGUUAAAUUGUGGCUUUGGA